UAUGAACUUCUAGACCUGGAUGAGCAUCUUGGGCGCGAUGCACGUAAGGACAAGGAGGCGAGGAAGGAAAGGAUGGAGCUUCUUCGUAGCAUCUUCCCGUCGAAGUCAUUGAAAGUUUGGAACAGGGACUUACCUCAAGAGAACGACGGACUCAAUGCGCCAUCUUUCAAUGCCGCUUUACCAUAUUUCGAAAGUUUCCGCAAGGUGUUGUCAGCGUGGGAGCACUUUCCCAAGUCCCUUAAACAACCUUUUGAUGCUACCGGACGUGAGCACAACAUAUGGAAGGGGAUGAAGGAAUGUUGUCUCUUUUAUGUUCAGUCUUAUUUCGACAAUACUGGCCGUCCACCUGUCGUUCCUCACUUA